CGAAGCCAGCUACUUGGAUCGAAAGAUUCGAAACAAACCGCGACACCUGGGCGCCCGAGCUGCAAUGAGGUCACUGGCUGCACCCGAGCUCCGCGAGCUGCUGCUGGUGUGACGAAAAGGCGCGUGAGUUGCCCGUGCCAACCUACUUGAAGAAUGCAGAUAGCCAGCCACUGGCCAGUGCAAGAUAAGACAGUCUCUCAGACGAAGAAGAGACGAACUAACGUAUUUGACAGACAGCGCUGCCAUUGCCAAGUCUGAUCGCUUGCAACCGUUUGUGCUCUCAUUUGGGUGUCCCCUGUAGGCCUCCAGGCAGGGUCCAGGAUCUGUCCAGUAUGCUUGUGACCAGCUUUAUAUAGCGGAACUCAUUGAUGCUUGCAGUUUCAAAGAUUUACUCUGCAAUGGCACAUGAGCCCCUGUUGGGCCAGCCAGCUGAUACCAAUGCCGAGACUCGGGGCAGCCUGGGACCGCGGCCAGGCUGGCAGCAUAUGUGGACGGCAGGGUUGCAUUGGGCCAGGCGCAAGAUUGUCUACCCCCUGGUUGGCUACCUCAGACAGGGCACGGAACCUCGAUUGCUUGCAUUUUCAGCAUCGGUGGGCCUCACUUUUGGACUCUUCCCCAUAGCUGGGCUGACGUCUGCUUGCUGCGGACUAGCAGCUUUAGCUUUGCGGGGAAGAUGCCACAUCCCAACCAUGCUUCUCGUCAACAUGGUUGUCACACCUUUAGAGCUUAGUUUCAUCAUCCCGUUCAUGCGCCUUGGUGAAAAGAUUCUAGGAGCACCCGCGUUGCCUCUUGACCCUACCGCAUUUUGGGACUUCAUAACAGGCCACGGUUCAAGCAAUCUUCUUGCGGCAAUGAGUCAUGCGCUUCUAGGAUGGGCUACCGUCGCACCUUUUCUUCUUUACUUUUCAUUCAGAGCAUUGGUUCCUAUUAUGCACAGCUUGUCAAGCCAUUUUGCGUCAGGCGAGCAUUCCCCUACAACUGAACAUUGUCAGCAAGAUAAAGAUAGAAUAUCUCCAGGACGAACUUCAAGUGUAUGUAAAUCUAUCUCAAUUCGCAGAAUGGUAGAGGAUGCCCAUGUUGGAAGCUCGAAAGGAGUUGGCCAACAACAGUUGCAUCCUUAGCCAGCUUGAAACAUUGUUUUGGAAGGCUUAUGUCAUUUUUCUUUAGAUGCGAUCCAGCAAUUGGAGAGUUUCAUUGCAAAAUCAGAUUCUCUACUGGAUAAACAGGGAAACAUAAAAGUCAAAAUGUAGCUAAAACCUUGAUUGAACGCACUAAUUGAUUUUGAGGCUAGCUGUACAACGGUCCAAGCCUACAUGCAUUGCUCCCUUUGGACUGGGACAACCUGAGCACUUCUUGAAAAGUUGUCAUGCGGCUCAUGCCCUUCAAGGCGCUUUUCUCUUGGCA